AGUGAUAUGUUGCAGCACUUCAAUACAUUCCAUAGAGCAGGUCAUGUGGCUGAAAACAAAGACUUCAAAUCUGUGAUCGAUGCAGAAUAAAUCAGACCUCCUUGCCACCAACACAUUCUAAUCCGACAUCAAGUUAACCAUUGUCAUCAAUCAAAAUGUCUUCAAACCUCGCCGAAACAGUUCAAGCAAAAUUGCAAGAUGCAUGCUCUGAUCCAACAACAAAGAUUCCAGGCUUGAUCUUGGCAAUCGCUGAUAAGCAAGGUAAACUUUUAACACAUUCAGCCGCUGGUAUUCGUCAAGUUGGAUCACAAGAAAAGAUGGAUGAAGAUAUGCUUUGUUGGAUGGCAUCAUGCACGAAACUCAUCACAGUCAUUGCUGCUUUGCAAUUGGUCGAACAAGGCAAAUUGCAACUUCAAUCACCAAUCCACGACGUCUUGCCCGAAAUUAAAGAAUUGGAAAAAGGUUACAAAACUCCAAUCACCUUGCACCACCUUAUCACACAUACUGCCGGAAUGAGCUAUCCCUUCUUCAAUCACGAUACAAAGAAAUGGUUUGAGGAAAGAGGAUUGACAUCGUUUGGCUGCAAGAAGGCUUCCAUUAUGGGACCGCUCAAUGCCGAACCAGGCAGUCGUUGGGAGUACGGCUGUGCAAUAGAUUGGGCCGGUUUGGCGGUGGAAAAGGUUUCAGGAAUGGAUCUUGAUGCGUACUUUAAGAAACACAUCUUUGAACCUCUUGGUAUUAAAAAUAUGACACUCAAGCCACAAAGCGGACUUCCAGGCAAUAAGCCGGUAGGACCACAUCUUGCCGGAAUGAACUUCCGCGAUGAAAGCAAAGGCGGAAAAGUUGUAGCCCAACCUCACGUUAUCGAAGAGGAUGAGAGUAAGAUUGAAAUACUGUAUGGAGGUGCAGGUGCAUAUGGAAAUGCGGCAGAAUAUGUUCAAAUUCUUGUUGCUUUGUUGAACGACGGCAAACAUCCCAAGACUGGUAACGCAAUCCUCAAACCUGAAUCUGCUCAACUUUUGUUCAAAGAUCAAUUGGAUGACAAGCUCGUCAAAGAUCUUUAUCGUUUGAUCCCAGGUGCUAUCCCGGAACUUUCGAAUGACGUCGACAUGCCGGGUGAUCCCAAAAAUUGGACGUAUGGCGGUUUGAAAAUGUAUACGAGCGCUGCAAAAGAUCAUUAUUUGGUCUGGUGGGCAGGAAUUGCGAAUCAUUAUUGGUUCAUCAAUCAUGAGAUGGGUAUUGCAGCAAUGAUUCAAGCCCAAGUGUUCCCUUUCAAUGAUCCUCAAAUCGGUGGCCUCUUCUUCGGUGAUAUCAGUAAUGCUAUUCAACAACAUGUUAUGGGCGGUGGUGCAUCUUCUGCUUGAGAUGGCGUUUCACAUGCGAGGUACAUUCUCUCCAACUUUGCCAUCAAUUCUUGUACAUACCCGAUCCAAUGACUAUUAAUGACC